GCGAGACUGUUAUAGUGGCUCAAUUGCAAUUGUAUUGAAUUCACAAUGACAUUUUUGUACUCAUAAAAUUUGAGAAUUGCCUCCAGUUGCUACAAUUCGAGUCCGAGAAGCGAAGCCCUAGGUCACCAACGUCCGGCUGUGAGCUCUCCGAGAAGGGGAAGAGAGAGAAAGGGAGAGGGCAUUUGGGUUAUUUGUCAGCUGAAGAAGAAGGAGGAAGAGAAUGGACGAAGACCAAGUAGUGAAAUUUGUCGAGACGUAUCUGAAGAAGAAAGGAUUUAAACAAGCUGAGCUAGCUUUCCAUGAUGAAGUACAACAUAGCUCUAAUGCCAAUUCCCUCGACAUUCACACCGAUCCUGAUCUAUCCGCUCUGCUCCUUUCGCUCUCCCAACCAGGGGAUACACCAGCAAAGUACCAUGAUGAAUAUGGUAAACUAAGAGCAUGGACACAUAGUUCGCUUGAUUUGUACAAGCCUGAGUUGCUUCGUGUGCUCUAUCCAGUAUUUGUACAUUGUUAUAUGGAUCUGGUUGCAAAAGGGCAUAUCCAAGAGGCUAGAACUUUUUUCAACAGCUUUCGUGAGGACCAUGAGACAAUGCAUUCACGGGACCUUCAAAAGCUGGAAGGAGCUCUUUCUCCCUCUCAUUUGGAGGAGAUGGAAUUUGCUCAUACUCUUAGGCAAAGCAAAGUCAACAUAAAGAUAUGUCAGUACUCCAAUGAGCUCCUGAUGCAGUAUCUACGCAAUACAAAAUCUACUACAAUGCUUGGGGUUGUCAAUGAGCAUAUUAACUUCCUAGUUUCUCCUGGACAGCCCAGCUCAGUUUCAGAUGACGCUGAGGUUGUAACACUAAUUGGAAGCAGCCAGGAUGCAGCAAAUCAGAUAAAUAAGAAAGAAAUACAUUGGGGGCUGCUUGAAGAUUCUUUAGAGGAACGCUUAGAGAAGGCAGGGGGUUUGCUCUCAGAUUCUGAAAAGACAGAAGGAGAAGCAAAAGAGGGGGACAUGGAUGACGCCAAGAAAAGAUCUAUAGAAGGCGGAAAGCAAGGUGCUUCUGUCAAAAAGUUGAAAAAGGACAAAGCUGCUAGUGCAACUGCAAAAGUUGCACGUCAUGAGCCAAAUAUUGCAUCUAGUGCACCACGAGUCAAACCAGAGCUUCCUUUGCCCGUAAUUCCAACAGAGGUGGAACAGUCCAUUCUUGAAGACUUGAGGAACCGUGUACAAUUGAGCAGUGCCGCAUUGCCAUCUGUUAGCUUUUAUACUUUUAUCAAUACACAUAAUAGUUUGAAUUGUUCUUCAAUAUCCCAGGAUGGAUCUUUAGUUGCUGGUGGAUUUUCAGACUCUUCACUAAAGGUUUGGGAUAUGGCCAAACUCGGGCAACAAGCUAGCAAUUCUGUUUUGCAGGGUGAAAAUGAUAUUGCUCCUAGCGAACAUGUCCUAGGACCAAAUGGUGUCAAAAGAUCCUACACCUUAUUUCAGGGUCAUUCAGGCCCUGUUUAUUCUGCCACUUUCAGCCUGCUUGGUGACUUUAUACUGUCCUCUUCAGCAGACACUACAAUUAGAUUAUGGAGCACAAAACUAAAUGCAAAUCUAGUUUGCUACAAGGGUCAUAAUUAUCCUGUAUGGGAUGUUCAGUUCAGUCCUGUAGGACAUUAUUUUGCCAGUGCUUCACAUGAUCGAACAGCAAGGAUUUGGUCCAUGGAUAGAAUACAGCCUUUAAGAAUAAUGGCAGGUCACUUGUCUGAUGUUGAUUGUGUACAAUGGCAUGCCAACUGCAAUUACAUCGCUACAGGCUCCAGUGACAAAACAGUUAGAUUGUGGGAUGUACAGAGUGGGGAGUGUGUACGAAUUUUCAUUGGUCAUAGGAGUAUGAUUUUAUCUCUGGCGAUGUCACCUGAUGGCAGGUAUAUGGCAUCUGCUGAUGAAGAUGGCACAAUUAUGAUGUGGGACCUUUCAACUGGCCGCUGUGUAUCACCUUUGAUGGGCCAUAAUUCAUGUGUAUGGACGCUAGCUUUCAGUUGUGAAGGCUCACUGCUUGCAUCUGGUUCUGCUGAUUGUACUGUGAAAUUGUGGGAUGUAACCUCAAGCACGAAGGUACCAAGGGCUGAAGACAGCAAAAGUGGAACUGCAAACAGAUUAAGAUCACUGAAAACUCUGCCAACAAAAAUGACGCCAGUCUAUACAUUAAGGUUUUCUCGGAGGAAUCUUCUGUUUGCUGCUGGAGUACUUUCAAAAAGUGUGUAAAUUGCCAGCGUUAUUGAAGCAAUUAUUUGCCUGAAGAUCUCCAUCAACUAAAAAGGUUGUGCAAAUGAGUGUAGAACUAGAAUAAGCUAAUAUAACAUUUUUGUUCAAUGUACUAAUCUAAUAAUGGCCCAUUAAACACCUUAAUUUCGUUUUAGUUCGUAAUAUGCUCUGUGCUAUGUAAUGUAAAAAUAGACUCGCAACAAUCUGUAAAGCUAGGCUUCAAAUCGAGGCCACUAAGCUGUACUUUAAGAGGCUUAAAA